AUGAAAAAUUAUAAAAGCAAACGUUCUAAUGAUAAAUUUUCGAGCCAAUUUGUUCCUGCUGAAGCGACCGAAGCAUUAAUUUCAGAAAAAUUAAGCAAAAAAGCUGCAAAACGUUAUAGAAAGCGUGAAAAAAGGCAAAAUGAAAGAAUUAAUAGCGCCCCGGAACAGAAGUGGCGCAAGAUAUCGUUAUCAAAUCCACCACAAAUAAUACCUGCUAAUAAAGAAGAGGAUAUUAUAGAAGCGAUGCCAUCCGAUAAUAAAAAAAAGCUAGCCUAUCCGGAAUCAAUUUUUAUGGGAGAUGAUUUAGGAGGUUUUUUAUGUUUAGAGGAAAUAGAUUAUGUUGAUGUUGAAUAUGAAAAUAAUGAAGAGACCCAAGGAAAGACGAUUAAAUUUAAGAGAGUCAAACGUGAUAAGAAAUCUUCAAGUGCUAAAAUUAAAAAUUCAUGCGCUAAACCAGAAGAACCAUUAACAAAAGAAGAGUCAUCCAAUUAUUAUGACUUGGAUACAUUUGAUAAAAAUCUUUUAUUAGGAAAUAAAGAGAUGGAUGAAUCUUCGCAAUCCGAAGAAGAUGUAAUAUUACAUGAUAGUUCUGAUAAUAAUGGAGACCAAAAUGAUGAGAGUGAUAAAGAUGAAAAUGAUGAAUCCAGCAUUAAUAAUUCACAAUCUAAUAGCGAGGAUGAAAUGGAUAUUGAUUCAGAAAUAGAAGAUCGGAAUUUGAAUAAUCAGAGUACAAGCACGAAUAAUAAUAAACCGACCGAGAAGGGAACGGGUCAGAAUGCAAUUGAGGAAGAAAUUAAUCUUUCUGCAUGGAAUCAGUUCAAUCUUUCUUCUACCAUCAUGAAUGGGUUGAAAGCACUCAAAUUUGAUAAACCUACACCUAUUCAAGAAAAGACUCUCCUUUUUAGUAUGUCUGGACGUGACGUUGUUGGUGCAGCUGAAACUGGUUCUGGAAAAACGCUUGCUUUUGGAAUUCCUAUAUUAGAAUACAUAAUUAAUCGAAAUAUAAAAGAAUCCGAGAAUCAACUUGCAGGGCUUAUUUUGACGCCUACAAGAGAAUUGGCUAUGCAAGUCAGAGACCACCUUCAAAAUAUUAGCAAAACUUCUUUAAUUAAGAUAAUGGUGAUCGUUGGAGGAAUGUCUGUUCAGAAACAACAGCGAUUGUUGUCAAAGCAUCCGAAUAUUAUCGUCGCUACGCCAGGACGUUUGUGGGAGUUAUUCUCUGAAAAUGAUGCGUAUCUUGAUAGCUUGCGACGCAUAAAAUUCUUGGUAUUGGAUGAGGCAGAUAGGAUGCUCGAACCCAACCAUUUCGAAGAGUUAAAUCAUAUUUUAACUGUUCUAUCGAGAACUAGAAUUAACACUAAUGAGUGGGCCGAAGGUGACAUGAAAAAAAAGGAGGACUGCAUGAAUGCUGAAUUAAUGCAUCGGCUCGAAUUUAGCGAUCCUGAUCCGGUUUUUUUGGAUAUUACACCGGAAGAAGCAGUUGCCGAAAAAUUACAAGAAUCAAAAAUUGAUUGUCUGACCAAAGAGAAAGAUUUAUACACGUAUUAUUUUAUUACGCGAUAUCCUGGACGGACUCUUAUUUUUGUUAACAGUAUUACUGCCAUUCGGCGUCUUACACCAAUCAUGAAAUUAUUAAAUAUUGAAGUUUUUGGUCUUCACGCACAAAUGCAACAAAGACAGCGGUUAAAGAAUUUGGAUAGAUUUAAGCAGAACCCUAAAGCUGUUAUGAUAGCAAGUGACGUCGCGGCUCGUGGUUUAGAUAUCCCAUUGGUUGAGCAUGUCAUACACUAUCAGCUACCGCGUUCUAGUGAUAUAUAUGUUCACCGAAGUGGUCGUACAGCCCGUGCAAGAAAAGAAGGUAUAAGUUUGAUACUGUGUAGCCCCGAAGAACUGAGCUUAUAUCGGAAGUUAUGCUUGAAAUUAAAAAAAACUGACGGCUUGACAAAUUUUCCUGUUGAUAGAGGCAUAUUAAAUUCAAUGAAACAGAGAAUAGAAUUUGCAGGGCAAAUUGAUCAAGAGGAACACAAAUUGCAAAAGAUGAACUAUGAUAAUGAUUGGAUUAAAAAAGCUGCUCAAGAAUUUGAAGUUGAUUUAGAUGAUAAUGUUAAUGAUUCUAAUAAAGGAAAUCAAAGACAAACUAAGGAAAGAAUUCGAUCAUUGAAGUUCGAAUUAAAUUCAUUAUUAUCUCAACCAUUGGUCCCGCGAGGAACAUCUACAAAAUAUCUUACAAGCGGGAUCGUACGUGAUUUAGCAGACAGAUUGUUGGAUGAAUCUUCGCUUAUAUAG